GGAACCUCGAAUUGUGAUGGAUAGGCUAUUUUGUUUAUUUCGUUUACUCAACUCUUGCAAAGAGAAGAAAUCCUGUCCACCUAUGCCUGUUGACUACAUUCGUUUCAAAGACUCAGAUAAUCGAACACCUGUAGGCCAUACACCUCGAAGGAUUCGCAAAUAUUCGAUAACAGGAUCACCUCUUAGUGAUAGAAAGAAAACUUUGUCACCUUUUGAGUCUCAUUCUUAAGUGAAUUGAUGCAUUAAACUCCAUUUUGUUUUU